CUGCCAGAAAGGGUGACGCCAGUGUCAACUUCUACUUCCGGGGAUUACCGAAAGAGGGUCUACACCAAGUUCGGAGACAAGGGAGAGACCAGCCUGCUCUACGGCGGCCGCAUCUCCAAGAACAACCCCCAUACCGAGGCCUACGGCAUCACCGACGAGGCAGUCUCCGCCAUGGGCUUGGCCCGCGCCAUGUCCAGCGACGACAGGGUGAAGGAACUCGUGCGGAACCUGCAGAGCGAGCUCUUCACGGUCGCUGCCGAGCUGGCCACCGACCCCGACAAAUACGAUCUUUUCCAGCAGCACUUCUCCCCCGUCACCCCUGAAAUGGUGGAGAACCUGGAGAAUGCCAUCGACUCCCUCGAGCAGGACAUGACCAUGCCCCACCGUGUUCAUCCUGCCCGGCGGCUCCCCCGCAUCGGCGGCCAUGGACCUGGCCCGUUGCAUCAUCCGCACGGCCGAGCGCCGCGUGGUCGCCAUGGGUGA